AUGUCAGAUAGGGAUAUUUCGCAACUUAUGAUUGAAAUGUUAACAGCAGGUAUUGAACCGGUUGCAACUACAAUGUGUUUUGUAACAUAUUACAUAUGUAAAAAUCCCGUAGCAAAGUCUAAAAUGUAUGAAGAAAUCGAUCGAAUCUUUGAUGAUGAUAAAACACGUCCCGUAACCUAUAGUGAUAUUGAAAAAAUGGUUUACACUGAAGCUUGUAUUAAAGAAACUCUACGAAUAAUGCCAGUAGUUCCUUUUCUUUAUAAGCGUGCACUUAAAGAUGAUACGGUUGGUGAUCUUAACUGGAAAACAAACCAAGACUUUUUUAUCAAUAUUCACUAUAUUCAUCAUAAUAAAGCAUAUUGGCCUGAUCCAGAAUCAUUUAUUCCUGAGAGAUUUUUAAAUAAUGUACAACCUGAAGAAAAUAGUUAUAUACCAUUUGGUGGAGGGAUUAGGAUAUGUCCUGGACGUCAGAUGGGAAUGAAUGGUGUUAAAACUUUCUUUGCCUUGAUGCUUAGAAAAUAUGAUGUCGAAUUAGUUAAUCCUGAUGAACCGUUAAAAAAGCUUAGUAGUUUAG